UUGAUUCUUCUAAGUUAAAUAAAGUCUUCGAAUUAAUCAUGACGGUACAAAAUGACUACCGUCAGAAUACGAACGUAGUUCAGAUUAACGUAGAUGAGAAGGCACCGUUUGUUGUAUUCAUGAGUGUUAUAAUCACAUUGACUCACAUAUUAAUCGGUGCUAUUGCUUUUAAUGCAAUAUUCUUUGUUAAUAUCUUUGAUAUUCGAAGUUCAUUUGAGCAACAUGUAUAUCUGUGUGUUAUUGGGUACAUCCUGCUGAUGAGCCAAGCUAUUCUUUCUAUGAAUCCUUAUGCGAGUUGGGCGAAGGUAUUGAGCUAUGAGAACAAAAAGAUGAUCCAUUGGUUGAUGCAGAUUUUAGGAUCAGUUCUAGCAAUAGCCGGCAGCAUUGUUAAGUUGGUCGAUGGAGUUCCUAACUUCCGAUCAGCUCAUGGAAUUCUUGGUACCGUGGCGAUGCUUUUCACGAUAGCCAGUCUCAUCAGUGGAAUAGUAAACUUAUUUUCUAUGAACUUUAGUAACAAUAUUAAUAUUAUUAAAAUAGUGCACUCUGUUUUAGGCGCAUUAGCACUUUCUGUUGCUUACUUAAGUCUUUGCUUUGCAUUCCAUGAUGUAUACAGAGUUGUUUAUGGAAAUAACAACGCUAAUCUUUCGAUUAUUCUUACGAUAGUCACUUUAAUAGGAGUUUUGACAUCUUCUUGUAUAAAUACUGUUAGAAGAAUUCUCCCAUGAGUAUUUCAUGAGCAAAUCUGAAGUGCGAUCACGAUGCGCAAAAACUUAGACUAUGUUUUAAUAACAUUUUAGCUUAAAAUAUAUUAACCUUGCAUUGGCUUCUAAUAUGCGAUGUUGACAAAUUAUUAACUAUCAUUGUAAGCAGUUUAGGUGACACAUAUUUAAGGGUAAAACAUACUCUUUUAUAAUCAUGUUGAAAUUCAAAACACAUUCUAUCUAGGGUCGUCAAAGGAUUUUAACAAGUGUCUAACUGUUUUAUUCGAGUCAUUUUUUAGUUAGAGCUUAGGGUAAGUUCAAGAUAUUAUCUUUUAUUAAAUUAUAGCGGAAGGUUUAACUUGAACGAACCACUGGUAGUGUCUCUUAGAAUAAGAAUAAAAAUAAUUUUGGUUUAAGGUGCCAUAGAAUCAAUAACAUUCCCUGCAAUUUAGUGACCGUCAUUUGUCAUAAGUGUUACUCUGUUGUUAUUCUGUGGUGCGAUUUUAAUAUUGUCUUGGCAAACUUUUCUACUGCACAAGGUAUGAUUGUUUUGCAAACAUUAUUUUUAUAAGCUUUGUAUCCACUUGUUUCAUCACAAGUUGUAUUUAAGCGUUUACAUCAGUAUCAUCAUCAGCUCAAUAUAUGUGUAACCACUGAGGGGCUCGGUGCCUUCCCUAACUUAUGGUGACUAGGGCAUAGUUAACCACGUUGGCCUAGUACGGGUUGUUUGA